AUUGCAGUUUGCUAUCUAAAAUUACUUCAUCUUUGUUUUACUUAACUGCAAACUGUUAUUUUGUUGGGUAUAUAAUAUGAUGGCUCUCUGCAAUAGACAUGAAUACCCAAAAUGGAAUUCAUUACAAGUAACAAAGGUUCUCGUAAGCUUCUGUAUGAAGGUUAUGCCUACACAAAGAAAAAUGAAAAUAAGUCCUCAAUGCGGUGGGAAUGCUCUCAGAGAAUUGGUCUGAACUGUAAAGGUGCACUGACUACUGAUUUACAUGUGUCUUCUGUCAAAUCUGAAACCGCGCACAGUCAUGCUCCUGACAAAUUUGCAAUGCAGGCACUUAAAGUCCGCAGUGAGAUAAAAGCAUCUGCUGAAGCUAACCGUGGUAAACCCGGACAGAUAGUAACAGAUAAAUUAUCGCUGCAGCCUACAGAGGUUAUUGCUGCCAGUUCCGUAAAGAGUUUGAAGCAAACUGUGAGACGCGCCAAGAGAGGAACAGCACCUAAGAACCCAUCAACAAUCAGAGAUGUUCCUGUUCCUUUCCCUAUUGAGUUUGCAAGUAAUGUCAUCUACGACAACGAGUCUCCAGACAACCGUAUCCUCAUCUUCGCCACUAAUGACGGUCUUCGCCUCCUAGAUAGUGCAUCCAGAUGGUUUAUGGAUGGCACCCACUCUACAGCGCCCUCUCAGUUCCAACAACUUUUUGUCAUCCGUGUACCUUUAGGUGAAUCCUGUGUCUCAGUUGUCUACGCACUCCUUCCGUCAAAGCAACAGCUGGUGUAUGAAGAAAUGCUGACUGCCCUACUAGAUGCCUGUCUGCAGCGAGGUAUCCGACCUAACCCAUCUAGCAAAUUAUGGCAGACUAUGAGAUAG